CCGGUUGCCCUCCUUCCCCAUGUUCGGUUGGCUGUGCUUGCCCUGCCAGCAGCACAGCAAGUUGUAUGAGAGAUAGCAUCUGGAGUGAGCCAGCGCCAUGAGCAGGUGCAGCCUAAGACCCACCAAGCCGUCGGGUACUCCUUUUCUGCUGGGUUUCCUCGUUCUGUCGGCUCCCAUGCUCUCCUGCCCUGCACUGGUUACAGCUGCUCUUACUCUUGCUGCUUGUAGGUGCCAGGCUUGCCUUCUCUCCCCGCCCCUCCCCCAUCCCCUUCGGGGGCUCUGGGGUUUUCGUUACCCCUCCUCUGUUCGGGUUUGCUGUGGCAGCAGCACAGCAGGUUGCACAGCACGUUGCACAGCAGGGACACUAGGCGGAACUUGAACGAGCCAGCGCCAUGAGCAGGUGCAAUAGCGCAAGCCGCACUUGGCAGCUGGAUACUCCUGUUAUGUUGGGUUACAGCUUCUCUUACUACUACCCGCAUGGAAGAUGUGAGCCAGCGCCAUGGGCAGGUGCAGCAGCGCAAGCCCCACCUAGGAGCUGGAUGGAUUCUCCUGUUGUGUUGGGUUUUCCUUCUUCCGUGCUUGCCUCCUGCCCUGCACCGGUUACAGCUUCUCUUAUGCUCGCUCCUCCAGGUGUCAGGCUUGCCUCUCUCCCCACCCCCCCGCCCCUUCUCCAUCCCCUUAGGGGGCUCUGGGGUUCCGGUUACCCUUCUCUGUUCGCCCUCCUUCCCUCGGGAUUUGGCUGUGAUUGUCCUGCCAGCAGCACGUCAGGUUGCACCAGGAGUGUGCGAGAGCUGUGAGCAGGCAGGCGAGACCACCGAGCAGCUGGGCACUGGUACUCUAGCUGUGUUGGAUCUUCCUUCUUCCUGCUCUGGGUACGGCUCCUUACCGUUGCUGCGUGGUAGGUGUGAGGCUUGCCCCGUGUCUCUUCCCGUUCCUGCCCCGCCCCCAUCCCUUCCAGGGACUGUGGGGUUGCAGUCACCUGUUUUCCCCGUGUUGUUUUGGCUGUGGUUGCCCUGCCAGUGGCACAGCAGAUCAGUCCAGGGAUAUUCAUUUUUGGAGUAAGCCAUCGCCAUGAGCAGGUGCAGCUCAAGGCCCAUCAAACAGUUGGGCAUUCCUGUUGUGCUGGGUUUCCCUUUGGUUCUGCUCUGGUUAUACGUUGUCUGACCAUUAGCUGCGAAGAUAGUGUGAGGCUUGCCUCCUUUCUAUUCGCGGCUUUCCUUGUAUCCCUGCCCGCCCCUCUCCCAUCCCCGUCGGGGGCUCUGGGGUUCUGGUUAUCUUCCCUUCCUUUGUGCGGUUGCCUGUGGUUGCCCUGCCAACAGCACAGUAGGCAGGGUUUAUAGUGUUACUAUUUGGAGUGAGCCUGCGCCGAAAGCGGGUCCAGCCCAAGACCUACCAAGCAGCUGGGUAUCUUUGUUGCACUAUCAAGACCUCUAGUCAGAAAGAUUCUUCCCUCGACGUCUCUGUUCUCCCACCUGUUUGCAGCUGCCCUUUCUGAUUGCUUGGGUCUCGUCUAUUUUUUCCCUCUUCCCUCCUCCCCUCCCCCCAUCCCCUUGGUGGGCUCUGGGGUUUCCGAUCACUUAUUCCGCAGCCUCCUCUAGUCUGUUUGCUCAGCUGAGGUUGCCCUGCCAGCAGCACAGCAUCUUGCACUCGGUACGCAUGUGCUCUAGGAAGCGCCAGUCCCAGACUUCCCAAGCAGUCGGGUACUCAAUGCUUGCGCACUCAAGAACGACUGUGCUAGUUUAAGGAAGGCCCACCCAAGACUUUCCAAGCAGUCGGGUACUCAAUGCUCGUGCAGUUGAAGGCGUCUGUGGCUAGUUCAAAGCUUCUCAACAACCUUCUUUCCUGCCUUUACCUGCGUUGUCCAUGCGUCCUGCAUCUCCUACCAGCUGCCAUUCCGUUGCUGCCUGCAGGUGUCAGGCCAGCCUCCUCCCCCCCUGCCCAUCCCCUUGGGGGGGGCUGGGGUCUCACUUCAUUUUCUUUCCUAUGUAUCCUUCAGUGUGGGGUUGCCUUGCCAGCAGCACAGCAGUUUCCUGAGUUGCUCAUUGAAACAAGAAUGUUUUGAACUCCAUAAGCAGUUGGGUAUUCGAAAUCCACCCUGCUUGUGCAGUCACCGACUUCUUUAGCAGCCUCAACAUCCACCUGAGAUUGCCUUGUCCGCUGGUCCUCCUACUUCCAGCUGCCCUUUCGUUGCUGCUUCGGUUUGGUGCCAGGCCUGGCGUCUCCGUCUUUUCUCACCCCACCCCCCCCUUCCCAUCCCCUUGGGAGGGCUCUGGGGUUUCAUUGCCCUCCUUCCUCUGUCCCCCUCUCUAGCCUGUUCUCUCAGCUGUGGUUGCCCUGCCAGCACCACAGCAGCUUGCACUUCUUUGUACCCACAUGCUCUAGGAAGCCUCAGUCCAAGACUUCCCAGCAGUCGGGUAUUCAAAGCUGGUGCAGUCAAGAACGGAUGGCUGGUGCAAAGCCUCUCAGCGACCUUCUUUUCUGCUCUUACCUACAUGGCCCUCGCGUCCUGCACCUCCUACCAGCUGCCCUUCCGUUGCUGCUUAGGUGCCAGGCAUGCCGCUCUGUGCCCCCGCCCCUCCUCCCGUUAGGGGGCUCUGAGGUUUGAACGCUCUCUGUGUCUCCUCUACUCUGCUUGCAUAGCCGUGAUUGCCCUGCCUGCCAGCAGCAAAGCAGCAGUUGGGGUCUUGCGUGACUCUCUGGAUGCAACACAACUAGGCCAAGGGGGUCUAAGCAGGUUUGGGGUCUUGUGCGUCCCUCUGGAUGUAACGUCCCUCUGGGGUCUUUCAAUGGAUGGUUAACGGCCUUCGUUCUAAUCCCCCUCUGUCCUUGGCUUGCCUUGUUCGCGCAUCCUGCACUACCUCCCAUUCCGUCGCUGCCUGUAGGGGCCAAACCUGCCUCUUCCCUCGUCCCCCCUCCCUUUCCCCCAUCCCCUAAGGGGGGCUCUGGGGUGUUAAUAUUUUCGUUCCGCUCUCCCCCUAGUCUGUCUGCUUGGCCGUGGUUCCCCUGCCAACAGCUCAGCAGCAUGAGCUAGUGUGUCACCCGCCUACUCAAGUCCAAGACUGGCUAAGGAGUCAAGCAGUGGAAGCUUCUGGCCUCGACUGCCUUGUCCGUCUCACCCUGCGCCUGCACUGCACUCUGCUUCCAGCUGCCCUUUCGUUGCUGCUCUGGUUUGGUGUGAUUCCUCCCUCUUCCCCUGCCCCUGCCCCAUCCCCUUAGGGCUCUGGGGAUUCAGAUCUCCCCUUCCUGUGUCCUUCUCUCUUGUCUGUUAGCUUAGCUGGGGUUGCCCUGCCAACAGCCCAACAGCUUGAAUUCGAGUGUGUCGUAUACACUAGGAUUUCCCAGCCGAAGACAAUCAAGCAGACGGGUUUUCAAUGCGUCCAGUAGGUUUCCGGCUAGUUCAAGGCUUCCCAGCGUCCGUCUUUCCUGCCAUUGCCUGCAUUGUCCACGUGUCCUGCAUUGUCCACGUGUUCUGCAUGUUCGUCCUGCUUCCAGGUGCCAGGCCUGCGUCUUCCCUCGUCUCCCUCCCCCCUUCCUCCGUCCCCUUAAGGGGGUUUGGGGUGUCAGAUCUAUCCUUCCUGUGUCCUCCUCUCUAGUCUGUUUGCUUGGCCGUGGUUGCCCUGCCAGCAGCACAGCAGCUUGCUUCGUCACAUGCACAAGGAUUCCCCGGCCCAAGACACCUUCCAAGCAGUCGGGUACUCAAUGCUCGUGCAGUGAAACCUCUUUGGCACCUUCUAAGCCUUGCAAAACCCGUCUCUCCCAUCCUGCACCUGCACUUUAUCCCAGCAGCAUUUCUGCUGCGGCUCCCUAAACUCCUGCACCUGCAUGCACCUACUUCCAGCAGCACUCCUGUUGCUGCUCUGGUUUCUGUGUCAGCACAGUUUUGAGACGUCUCAGAACGGAUGUACUUCUGCACUUGCACCUACUUCCUGCAGUCCUUCCUGCACGUUGCUGCUUUGGUCGGCUGCCAGGUCGGUCUCAUUCCUCUCUGCCGCCCCCCUCCCCCGUCCCCGGAGUGGGCUCUGGGG